UUUGACCACCCAAGUCGCCAACAGUCUAGUACUCUAGUCCCUAAAGAUUCCGCUUCAUAGUUUCGAGUCAGCUCCUUUUCGCAUUACCAAAAGAAUUUUCCUAAUUCGUACGAGUUCGUAGAUUUUUCUCAUCAUCUUCUUCGCUUUUGGCUCAAUCCAAGAAAAAUUUCGCUCAUACGAUGACAAAUUCUCGCUCUUCAAGGCUGAGAUUAGCUCCAAGUCCGUGAAAUAAACGUUUCACUGAAGAGUAUUGACAAGAGGAAGCUGAAUUUGAGUGUUUCUUUUGGAAGAUUUUGUUUUUUUGGUGUUAAUUGAUUUGGUUUUGGAUGGCUGCAAGUGCGGACACGGCGGCCGGGAACGGAAAUGGUAAUAGCAACGGCCAGGAAGGGACGGGAAACGCGAAUGGCGCCACCAGCAACGGCGUCUCUGUACCGGAAAAUUCGGUGUUGGGGGCUACGCAGGCCGCGCUCCGCCACAACCCUGGCAUCUCCGUGGAAUGGACUCCGGAGGAACAGUCUAUAUUGGAAGAAUUGCUCGCAACAUAUGGUAAGGAAAACAACAUAGUCCGUUAUGCAAAAAUUGCUAUGCAGUUAAAUGAUAAGACUGUUCGGGAUGUAGCGCUGAGAUGUAGAUGGAUGACCAAAAAGGAAAACAGCAAGCGGAGAAAAGAAGAUCAUUCAAGGAAAAAUAAAGACAAAAAGGAAAAGAUAACUGAGUCUAUGCCAAAAUCUUCACAUGUUGCAAAUCGUACAAAUGGCCCUUUCUAUGCUCAAUCUACUACGCCCAUGGACAAUGAUGAUGGUAUAUCCUACAAAGCAAUUGGUGGCCCCGCUGGACAGCUCCUUGAACAAACUGCCCAUGCCUUGGAUCAGAUUUCUACAAACUUUGCUUCUUUCAAGAUACAUGAGAACAUCGGUCUUUUCUGCCAGGCUCGAAAUAAUAUCGUCUCGAUCUUAAAUGAUAUGAACGAUAUGCCGGAGAUAAUGAAGCAGAUGCCACCUCUCCCCGUGAAGCUGAACGACGAGCUUGCCAGCACACUUCUUCCGCAGCCACCCUUGCCAAAGCAGGCUUGAGAUCCCGGUUGCUGUCGCGGUGCUAACUAAUCAUGUUUCUGACUAUUUUGCCCUCAAGCUCAGACCCUCAGAUUAUAUAAUUAGAUAGCAACAUAAGCUGCAGCCCUGUACCUCAGUUGGAAUUUUGCUUUGAAUAUUCUUUGGUUUUUAAUUUUUUUUUUUGGGUAAUUUUUUAAGCUUUCUUUUGUAAUGUUCCUGCUGUGGUACUCAGUUUUCUUCCUCCUUUUGUUGGGUUUGGUUGAUUAAAGUAUAGGAUUAGGUUGUUUAGUACUUUGAAUGUGGCAUUGUCAAUAGAGGGUAGUUGUGUCCAAAGGAUUCUUGAUUUCUGUAAAUAAUAUUUAGAAAAAAAGAAUAUCUCCAUUAAAUAUUAUGCUUGUUUGACU